UAAUACAUAAUCCAUCAGAGUAAUGUUGAGGUUUUACUCCACGGAUAUGGAACACUACGUUUGUGAAAAUUCUUUUGGGAUUUUGUGCGUAUAGUGGUGUUGGUGCCAGACUAGUACUUGUCGAAACGUUAUCUUCUGAGAUGAUGAAGCCACGAUUAUUACUGUUGGUAAGCUGUGCCUUGGCGGUUUCCUAUGGACAGUCGAGCGGGAGGGUCAGCUUUGAAGAUUCAGAUUCCCAGCCUCGACAGAGGCAGGAUGGACCGCAGUUCCAGCAGUUCCAAAACCAGGGCCCUGCAGGUCCACCCGUAUUUCAGCAAGGGCGUCCUAAUGGAACGCGACAGGGCAAAGAUCUCUUAGACUGGAUAGGCUUGGGCGCAGGGCCGAACGUGGAUCCGUUCCUGGCUAGAACUAACACUGCUUGUCUGAAUGGCGAUCUCGCCGAAUGUUUCAAGUCCAGAGCCCUGAAUUCUAUGUCAGAGUUCUUUGACCAGCAAGAAUAUAACCUGAACGGCAAUGUCAGGGUCGUUAGAAUGUCGAGGGACGUUGUACGCGAGGUUAGCCGCCAACCUUACGAGUUCUCCAGUGCUCCCAGGAGUGAAGAGAGUGAGUGGGAUCAACUGGUGAAAUUUGCUGCCAGGAAGGCCGAGAAGUUCGUGAAGACCGUCGCGUUCGAGGUUGAAAUACCAAGUGAAGUUGUUGGAGAGAACGAGGUAUAUGCACCCCGGUUCUUGGACGAGAUUGCUGAUGAGAUUGACACAAUUGAAAACAAGAAGGACUCUCAUUUCUCUCGAAUCCGGCUAAAGAAGUUGUUGAUUCCAAUGUUGAUCAUCCUAAAGUUGUUCAAAUUGAAGUUACUGCUCUUCUUACCUCUGAUCCUGGGCUUGGCUUCGUUUAAGAAGUUCUUGGGCUUCAUAGCGAUUGUUAUACCGGGAUUAAUAGGAUUUUUCAAGCUCUGCAAACCUCAGGUGCAAAACUAUCAGCCUCCAGUGUACAGUCAAAGUGGCGUGGGAUUUCCGUAUUACAAAGAGAAUGCCAAUAGCUACAAUCACAACGAUUAUCACGAAAACGAUUACCACGGGCAUCAGGGAGGAUCGCCGGUAUCAUUCGGACAAGAUCUCGCCUAUCAAGGCUAUAACGGAGAGUAUGGUAAAUAGACCGCGUCCCGACGUCAACUGGUAGAAUAUUUAUGAGAAAGUUAUAUUCAGUGCCAAGGACCCGAGUUGUGGCACGCAAUCAGGCAAGCUUUAAAGGUUAAUGUGAAAACGUAAGUGUAAUUGCCUCGACUUGGUACUGUGACUCAGUUUACGUAAGAAAAAUGUACAAACGUCGACUGAUGAAGCCAUAUCUCACACGACCAAGUCAUAGGCUUCUCAUGUUUUCUCUUAACAUUCAUCUUCAUUUUCAAUUUAAUUUAUAUUUUAUUCCGUUUAAUAUUAAUUUACAAGUAAUGUCAAGACUGCCGAUGCCUAUACAUAAGUAGGUACACAAGUAGGUAUUACUAAGCCUUAGUUUCUGAAAUCGAUUAGGAUAAUCCAUGGGAUGUUACUCAUCUCUCUGUAUUUAUAUGUACAUUAAAUAUCAAU